CCGCCCAAUUCUUGAGCUUGAAGCCGUGGACGUCUUGGAUGGUGCCACGUUCUGCGGUGACGACGUAGCUCUGGCUAAGGUAAAGCGCUUCGUUUGCCAGCUGCGCGAACUUGAACUUGAAGAUGAGCUACUUGUUUCUUGCCCGCUGUUCUUUCGUUUUGGAAGGCUUCACACGUUGUUGCGAAAGCGUACUUGCGGUUGGGUCAGCUUUCAACUGGUAAUUUACAGCAUUGGACGGUGGAGGCUCUUAAAGAUCACUGAGCCGGCUGCAUCAGCGAUCAACGUUCUUUGAAGAUCCAGAUAGUGUCACCUUCCAACACCGGCUGAGCCACGAGUCAUGGCGUCAUCAGUUGUGCAGCAGUCCUUUGCUAUACGUGCUUUGUCGUCGAGGACUUUGAUCCACCGCAGUGUUUCUUCCUCCCGAUGUGGCGCAUAUCGCUCAGUUGUUGUGCUUAACAGCAGUAGCUGGCAUGGUAUCGAAAGGAGGGGCUUACCAAGAAAGCAGCCGCAGGUGCUCGCACAGUCCACCCUCUCUAGCCCCUUCCUCGGCGAAGCCUCCAGCCUCUACCUCUCUCGGCAGUCUCCUGCAUACCCCUCCGGCCGCCGCACUUUCAGCACCGCCCGUGCCACUGCAGAAACAGAGUAUCCCUCUAGCACAAAGUCCCCCUCUGAAGGCACCGUUUCUGGAAAUGAAAACAACGGCGCGGCAGAGGGGAAGCAGGAGAUCGUGCGAAAGGAGUAUCCGUCCGGGGAGAUGGUCUUUGAGGAGAUCGAGGGGUUCGGGCGGUUCAUGCAGAGCGUGCGGAUGUUCUUCGCAUGGCCGUGGCAGAAGUUCAAGAAGGGCAGUGUGCUUACGAUGAAUCUCUCAGGCGCACUCCAAGAGCAGCUUGGCUCCUCCUUUGCGAACACCGUUUCGUUGACUCAAGUCUGCCAGAACCUUCGGAAGGCUGCGCACGACCCGCGUGUCGUUGGUCUCUUUCUGAAAAUUGAGCCGCUUGGGUGCGGGUGGGGCAAGAUCCAGGAGUUGCGGCGGCACAUCGAGUACUUCAAGAAGUCAGGGAAGUACACGAUUGCGUACGUUGAGACUGGCGGCGAGAAGGAGUACAUGUUGGCGUCUGCUUGCAACGAGCUCUAUGUGCCCCCAGGCGCUUACCUGUCGCUUCGCGGCCUCUCUGUUUCGGGCUCGUUCCUGGGUGGGGUUCUGGAGAAGGUGGGCGUGGAGCCGCAGGUGCAGCGCAUCGGCAAAUAUAAGAGCGCAGGCGACCAGCUGGCGCGUAAGGACAUGUCGCCCGAGAACCGCGAGAUGCUCACCGCGCUGCUCGACGAUCUCUACACCGGCUUCGUGGAGGCUACCGCCGCCGCGCGAGGCAAGGAGAAGGCCGAAGUCGAGGCUCUUAUCAACGAGGGCGUAUACGAAAUGGAGGCACUGAAAGCGGGGGGGUGGAUUACGGACAUUAAGUACGCAGACGAGAUUGAGGAGGAUUUGAAGAAGCGGACGGGGGGCAAGGAGGACAAAGUGUUGGCGGUGGAUUACAGGCGGUACUCGAGGGUUAAGGAGAAAACGCUAGGCCUUACAGGCCGGGACCGGAUAGCAGUCAUUCGGGCGGCUGGGGGCAUCAGCCGCGGCAAGGGCGGCCGAACGGGGAGCGGCAUUGGCAGCGACGCGCUGAUUCAACAGCUGCGGCGAGUGCGGGACAAUAAGAGGAUAAAGGCGGUCAUUCUGCGGAUUGAUAGCCCCGGUGGAGAUGCGCUAGCAUCCGACCUCAUGUGGCGGGAGUUGCAGAUGGUCGCGAAAGAGAAGCCGGUCAUUGCUUCUAUGGUCGACGUGGCAGCCUCCGGGGGCUACUACAUGGCCAUGGGUACGGACACAAUUGUCGCGGAGGACUUGACGAUUACCGGGUCCAUCGGCGUUGUUACCGGCAAAUUCAGCCUAGCCGAGCUGUACAAGCGCGCCGGAUUUUCGAAGGAGAUUAUCUCGAGGGGAAAGUUCGCGGAACUGAACGCAGACAACCGGUCGUUCACCGAAGAGGAGGAGGACUACUUCGCCAAAAGUGCGAUGCACGCAUACAAAACGUUCCGGGACAAGGCCGCGCUCUCGCGCAAGAUGUCGAUCGAGCAACUAGAGGAGGUGGCUCAGGGCCGGGUCUGGACCGGGAAGCAAGCGCUCGAGAAGGGCCUAGUCGACGUGCUCGGUGGAUUCUCCCAAGCACUCGCGAUCGCAAAAGAGAGGGCAGGCAUUCCGCUCAACCAAAACGUUACGCUCAUCGAGUUCUCGCGACAAACGCCGUCCCUAGGCGCGUUGCUAUCCAGCGGGGUAGGCGGAAGUGCGCAACUAGAAAGUUUGGCGUCUUUGGUGGAAGUGGGUAGAGAGAAGUUGUUGUCUAGCGCGCCGCAGUAUAAAAUGGAAGCUUUCGAGUUGGGCGACUCGGGUUUGGGAGCACGGGAAAUGGGUUCGGACUUGGAAGAGGGGGCGGGGGCACUCCUGGCGCUGUUGCCGGAGUUUCUAGAAGACGUAACGAACAGUAGGGAAUGAUUGGAGGGUUAAAUUAGAGGUUAGGAUUCAACAGCACGGCGCACUUGCAUUGUACAGUUUUAAUGUUGCAAGAUGCCGGUAGUUUAGCCAUCUACAGCUAUUGAUAAUGACGUGUUCAUCAAUCAAAGAUAUUCAAAUCGCUCAGCUCGG